AUGGAUAUCUCCACAACCACCACCUCCUCCACCACACCACCACCGCCACUGGAGGAGCUCCGGCAAAAGAACCCCGCAGCACUGACAAGAGUAGACUCCAUCCUCGGCAUACCACGAAAAGAUAUCAAUGAAACCUACAAAAUGGGCAGAGAAUUAGGCCGCGGGAAGUUUGCAGUCACCUAUCUUUGUGUCGAGAAAUCAACGGGGAAGAAAUACGCGUGCAAAUCGAUAAAGAAAGUGAGGCUUGUUACAGAAGGAGAGAAGCAGGAUGUGAUGAGAGAGGUUAAGAUAAUGAAGCUGUUAACUGGUCAAAGAAAUGUGGUGGAAUUGAGAGAUACAUUUGAAGACAAGCAAUGUGUGCAUCUGGUUAUGGAGUACUGUGAAGGUGGUGAGCUUUUUGAGAAGAUGAAAUCAAAGGGUAGAUACAGUGAAAGAAUUGCAGCACAGAUUAUAAGUUCUAUAAUGAAAGUGGUUUACUGUCUGCAUUAUAUGGGUGUUAUGCAUAGAGAUUUGAAGCCUGAGAAUUUCUUGUUGGCAAGGAGAAAGAUAUUAGGGUUUCUUCCAUGUUUUGCUGAUUAUACCCUCUUGAAGGCAAUCGAUUUCGGGUUAUCUACGUUCAUCGAUGAAGGAAAGCCAAACCAGGAGAAAGUUGGAACUGCUUUCUAUGUGGCUCCUGAGGUUUUGCGACGUCAAGGAUAUGGAAAAGAAGUUGAUAUAUGGAGUGCAGGGGUGAUUCUGUAUAUGUUACUCACUGGGGUGCCUCCCUUUUAUGGUGAGAAAGAGAGAGAUAUAUUCUAUGCCAUACUGAGUGCAGAUAGCGUUCUUGAUAUGAAGAACCAUCCAUGGCCAUCGAUAUCAAAUAACGCCAAGGAACUCGUGAAGAAGAUGCUCUCCGUCGAUCCAACGAACCGCCCAUCUGCUGCUGCUGUUCUUAAACAUGAAUGGUUGAAGGGGAAUGGAGUAGCAGUAGAAAACCCAAGAGAAAGUGUAUUGCUUUAUCAGAUGAGGUGUUUCAGAGGUAUGAACAAAUUCAAGAGACUUGCCCUUGAGGUAAUUGCCGAUAUUGUCCCGCCAGAGGAACUCGAAGAACUGAGAGCAAUGUUUACAAAAGAUGGCACGGAUGAAAGCGGAACCAUCUCACAUGAAGAACUCGCGGCAUGGUUGGGUAAGCACGGAUCAGAUCUUCGGCCAGAUGAAGUUAAGGGGAUCGUUGAAGCCGCUGAUGUAAAUGGAGAUGGAUAUAUCAACUACAAGGAGUUCAUAACAGUCAUGAUGAACUAUGAGACACUACAUAAAGAGGAACACCUUUUGAAAGCUUUCAAACAUUUUGACAAGGAUGAGAGUGGAUUUAUUACAAAAGAGGAAGUAAGAAUGGCAUUGGAAAAACAUAUGACGGGUGACGAGUUAACCCAGACAAUUGAAGAUAUCUUUGCAGAAGUCAAUGAAACUGGGGAUUCAGAUUACGACUUGCCAUCAAAUAUCAGUACAGAAAUAAGUGAUCGAUCUGAUUCGACUUUAAUGCAAUAG